AUGUGUGUCUUUGUGUGUAAACUUAUCCAUUACCUCUGGUAUGUGUUAUUUUACUUUCUCCAGGAAGAGGAUGAUUCUACUAGUGGUGACCUUUCACGCGACUUUGAUGACCCUGAGGCACCAAACCGGCUAGUUCACGUCUCUGGACCCGGGGGAAGCGGGGGUUCUGCCGGAAACCGUUCUACACGAUCCUCAUCCGCUGCUGCAGCAGCUGCGGCGGCAGCUGCAGCAGCCGCUGCCGUAGCUUCUGCUCCUGGUCAGGUAUGUGUCACUGGAGCUGCCGGUAGUUCGUUUGGUUUGUUAGCUAACGGGCAGCCGUCGACGGAUACACUUGCCAACACUGGCGCUGGAACCGUGUGUUCUAUCACAACUACAUCAGGAUCAAGUGUCCCAGGCACAGGUACUGCAGGUAGUCGUGCACGAACAAUGUUUGAUCUAGAUGAAGAGGCUGAAGCGAACAUGUCUGGCCAUGGAGUUCUGCUAAAUGGUGUUAUGGACGUCGCAGAUGAAGGUAACUUGGCUGUUUAG